AUGAUCAGAUGUGCAAAGAAAACUAUUCCCCGAGGCAAGACUAAACACUCUCGAGUGUUUUGGUCUAAACACCUUGAGGAAUUGAAAGGAAAGCGAGACGGCCUUCGCAACACUGUUAAUCAGACUGGAGGAACGGAAGACGUAAAAGCCUGGAGACGACAAUCAGCUGUCCUAAGGCAAGCCAUCUUACAAGCAAAACGGACUUCCUUCGACAAUAUUGAUUCCAAUCUUGAAUAUGACUUUGAGAUGGGAGUGACUGGGUUACAUGCAGAAGAUGUGGGCCCUGGAAUUCUGCCAAAGUGUUGCGGAUUUGAAAAAUCUGAAUUUGCCAAACAAAACGAUCGUAUCAAGUUGGGUCAAAUGUGCUCAAUAAAGAACUGA